AAAGUAAAAUAAAGUCAUUUGUGGGGAGGGAUCUGCUUUUUAAUGGUUCUUUUUAAUUUAGCCCUAGCCAAGAGAUUAGAAGAUGCUCUGAGCCAAACUGCUGGCAUCACUCAGCAGGCCAUUGUAGCGCAGAAUGCUGCAGUCCAGGCCGUCAGUGCCCACUCCAACAUACUGAAAGCAGCCAUGGACAACUCGGAGAUUGCAGGUGAGAAGAAGUCAGCUCAGUGGCGCACAGUGGAAGGUGCAUUGAAGGAACGCAGGAAGGCAGUAGAUGAAGCUGCUGAUGCCCUUCUCAAAGCCAAAGAAGAGCUAGAGAAGAUGAAAAGCGUAAUUGAAAAAGCAAAGAAAGAAGAGGUUACUGGGGCCAAAUCUCAUAUAACUGCUGCAGAGGGAAAACUUCACAACAUGAUAGUUGACCUGGAUAAUGUGGUCCAAAAGGUCCAAGCAGCUCAGUCUGAGGCUAAGGUUGUGUCUCAGUAUCAUGAACUGGUGGUCCAAGCCCGGGACGAUUUUAAGCGAGAGCUGGACAGUAUCACUCCAGAAGUCUUGCCAGGUUGGAAAGGGAUGAGUAAGUACAGCCGAAGCAUUGGCACUUUUCUGUUUUCGUCUCAACUGAUUUCUGUCAUCUCCCUUGGCUUCAGUUGCCCGUCCAGCGGCCGACUUGAUGUUUCCAGCUGGAUUGUGCUGAAGCAAGAAAUCAUGCUUAGUUGUUUCACCAUCAACUUUGACAUUCAGUCCAUUGACAGAUCCUACCAGCUCCACAUUCAAGUAGAGGAAGUCAGAGAUGCCAUGGAGAAUGAAAUGAGAACCCAACUUCGUCGACAGGCUGCUGCUCACACUGAUCACUUACGAGAUGUCCUCAGGGUUCAAGAACAGGAACUGAAACAUGAAUUUGAACAGGACCUGUCUGAGAAACUCGCUGAACAAGAAUUACAGUUUCGUCGGCUCAGUCAAGAGCAAGUUGACAACUUUACUCUGGAUAUAAACACUGCCUAUGCCAGACUGAGAGGAAUCGAACAGGCUGUUCAGAGUCAUGCAGAUGCUGAAGAGGCGGCCAGAAAAGCCCACCAGCUCUGGCUCUCAGUGGAGGCGUUAAAGUACAGCCUGAAGACGGCAUCUGCGGACCUGCCCACCGUUCCACUGGGCCAUGCAGUUGAGGCCAUCAAAGCCACCUGUUCUGAUAGUGAAUUUGCCCAAGCUUUGACCGCAGCUCUCCCUGCAGAGUCCUUGACCCGUGGGGUGUACAGUGAAGAGACCCUUAGAGUUCGUUUCUAUGCUGUCCAAAAACUGGCCCGAAGGGUAGCAAUGAUCGAUGAGACCAGGAAUAGCUUAUACCAGUACUUCCUCUCCUACUUGCAGUCCCUGCUCCUCUUCCCACCUCAGCAACUGAAGCCACCGGUGGAGCUCUGCCCCGAGGAUACAAACACAUUUAAAUUAUUGUCGUAUGCCUCCUAUUGCAUUGAGCAUGGUGAGCUGGAGCUGGCAGCAAAGUUUGUCAAUCAGCUGAAAGGGGAGUCCAGACGAGUGGCGCAGGACUGGCUGAAGGAAGCCCGCAUGACCCUAGAAACUAAGCAGAUAGUGGACAUCCUGACAGCCUAUGCCAGUGCUGUAGGAAUAGGAACCACCCAAGUGCAGCACGAGUAAGGCCUAGGAAGAGUCUCGUACAAUCCUAUUUCUUGUCAGAGGAAAUCAGUAACACAUGAAAGGUUUGCAACAGGGUCCCAGAAUGUCUAGAAAGGAGCAGGUUACAAAUACCAUCCUAAAUGUUAACACCUGUUGUACUUAAUAUUAUUUCCACUUGCUAUCAUGUCAGUGAACUCCAGGAGUACUUUCUUCGCAACUUGUGAAACAUUUUCCGUUUUUCAGGUUUUACUGAUAAGGCUUGUGAGCCAAUCAAAAUAAUGUUUGUGAUCUCUAAUUACUAUUGAUUUUGCCCUUGGAGCAAACUGAAUAAAGCAAAAAGAUGAAAACUGA